AUGUCUGCAAAAGUUUAUGUUGGGCGUUCUCCGCGUAUGGCAACAUCCUCGAUGUGCGCGUCUCAUCCCUCUGCAUCUGAGAUCUCGGACCGCGCUUGGCUACCCCGCGGCGUGUCGUCGGAAGAUUCCAUCGUGAUGCGCGAUCGUGACACCGGCCGUUCUCGCGGCUUCGGGUUCGUUACGUACAGCUCCGGCAUGGAGGCCCAGUCUGCCAUCACCAACCUCAACGAGCAGGAGCUUGAUGGAAGGCGCAUCAAGGUCAACCUUGCCAACGCUCGCGGCAGCGGUGGUGGAGGCGGAGGCGGAGGCUACGGCGGUAACUCCGGUGGAGGCUAUGGCGGUGGAGGCUACUCCGGUGGAGGCGGCUACAACGGUGGGUUUGCGUCCGGCGGUGGUUACGACCAAGGUGGAGGUGGAUACGGUGGCCAGCAGCAGGGUGGCUACGGUGGCGGAGGUUACGGUGGAGGUUACAGCGGUGGAGGCUACGGUGGUGCUCCCGCGUACUAA